AUGGCAAUGUUCACACAUGACCAAGGAGCUGGGCUAACCAUCAUGUCUGAUAGGCAGAAGGGUUUAAUUAAUGCAAUGGCUGAUGUUAUUCCCAAAGCAGAACAAAGGUUCUGUGUUAGGCAUAUUUGGGCAAACUUCAAGCUCAACUACACUGGUUCAACCUUCAAGGAGCUAUUUUGGAGAGCUGCAAGGGCUACAACUUAUUUUGAGCAUGAAAUUGCCAUGGAGUCUAUCAAAUUUCUUGAUGAAGAGACAUAUGAUUAUCUAGCCAAAAUUCCUGCUAGUCAUUGGUGUAGACAUGCAUUUACACCAAACUGCAAGUCCAACAUGUUGUUGAACAACAUGUGUGAGACUUUUAAUGCAGUGAUUAGGCCUGCAAGAGAUAAACCUAUCCUCACCCAAAUGGAAUGGAUGAGGAGGUAUAUAAUGAACAGGAAUAAUGAGAAGUGGGAGGAUGCAAAAGAAAUUAACAGCAACUUGGUGCCUUAUGUGAGGCAUCUUCUGGGUAGGAUAGACUUUGUGGCUAGGUCAUGUGUGGUGCAACCAUUAAAAGGGAAUACAUUUGAGGUGCAGCUGAAGGAUGACCAAGUGUUGGUUGAUUUGGACAAGGAGACAUGCACAUGUUACCACUGGGAACUCACUGGCAUUCCUUGUGUUCAUGCUUAUGCAUGCAUGAUGGAUAUGAGGGGUGACAUAGAGGCAUAUGUUGACCCAUACUAUACCAUGGAGUAUUACAGGGAUGCUUAUGAACCUGCUGUCCAACCAAUGCCUAGUCCCAAGCACUGGGAGAGAGUCAAAAUGAGGGAACCACUACCUCCUGCUGUUAAGGUGCAGCCUGGGAGACCUAAGAGCAAAAAAAGGAAGCUUGAGCCAGGAGAAUGUUCUACUGCAGGUGCUUCAACAGGCACAAAGAGGAAGAAGCAAUGCAGCAAGUGUGGGGGAUUUGGGCAUUAUGCCAAGACAUGCAAAUUACCAGCUAUACCACCAACAGAGCUGGUGAAGUCAGCUGGUAGGCCCCCAUUGAACACUCCUUGGUUGAUGGAGGAGAGGAAGAAAAAAGAGGCUAGGGCUGCAAAAAAGAGUGCAAUUGGGGCAUGA